AUGGACUCAGAUUCAGUCAGAUCAGGCAAAAAGCGAGUGCCUCAGGAUGAGGAUGCAGUAUCCUCUAGCUUGGAAGUCGAUUCUCAAUCACUCAAAAAACAGCAUAUUUCAUCGAACGUUCCGGCCUGGGAGGCUCCAGUCUAUGAGGCUCCGGCCUGGGAUGAAUCUUGGGUAACCGGGAAAGCACCGCUAUCGUCUUCCAGUGGCGGUUAUGGGCGCAGUAUCAUCGCAGAAGAAGCUCCGCUUUCUCCGUGGAUUAGUGAAGGAAACAUAAUGCCAGCAAAGGUACCGAAGGAUGACGGUGCUUUUAUGAAGCACUUCUCGUCGGACGGUCAAAGUCCACUUUCUUUCGCUGCCUUGAAAGGGGACUUCAAGACGGUGAAGCUUUUGCUUGAUGCAGGCGUGGUUGCAAAUGAGGAAGAACGCUACAUAAUCAGUACUCUUCUCGCUCGGGCAGUUGACUAUGGAGAUUCCGAAGCCCCUUGGCUUCUCGCUGAUGGCCGCUCUAACGUGAGCCUACGACUAAGGGUUGGCAGCUUCGGUAGUCCUCUUGCUCUGGCAUGUGCGCUUUGGUCACCAGGAACUACAACAACGGUGGAAAUCUUACUGGAGGCAGGAGCAGAUAUUGAUAUGCAAUUGACAUCAGGAGAAUAUGGUAGUGCUCUCGCUGCGGCAUGUGCAGCAGGACGGUUUCUGGAAGAUAUGCCGCAUGGCAGUGCUCUGGCUGCGGCAUGUGCAGAUUGGUCUCCAAAGAUGACAAAAAAUUUCAUCGAAUUUCUACUGGAGGCAGGUGCAGAUGUUGAUAUGCAACUGUUAUCUGGGGAAUUCGGCAGUGCCCUCGCUGCAGCAUGUGCAGCAGGACGGUUGUCAAACGUGAAGCUUCUACUCCAGAGAGGAGCAGACAUCAAGCUACAACUGAAGUCUGGAAGAUAUGGUAGCGCUCUGGCUGCGGCAUGUUCAGCGGGGCAAGUUUCUGCAGUAGAGUUUCUACUUAAGAAAGGAGCACACGUUAAUGCACAGUUGUCUUCUGGAAUAUAUGGCAGUGCUCUGGCUGCGGCCUGUCUAAGUGUGUCACCGGGAAACACAGAUGUUAUAGAUAUUCUUAUGGAAGCAGGUGCAGAUAUUGAUCUGCAAUUGACAUCUGGGGAACAUGGAAGUGCUCUCGCUGCAGCAUGUGCCGCGCGAUCGGGGUCUAUGGUGAAGUACAUGCUCGACAAAGGUGCCAAUAUCAAUCUACAAUUGACGUCCGGAAGAUAUGGCAGUGCCCUUGCCAAUGCUCUUGCUAGGGAGAGAUUGGAUCACGUCGGUCUUUUGCUUUCCAGAGGAGCAGAUGCUUCGCUUCCUCUCUUGAUUGGAGAAUUCGGGGAUGCUAUGGCACUUGCAUUUGACUCGGAAAACCUUGAUACCAUCGAAUUACUCUUGCAAGCAGGGGCUUCGAUCGGCCCACUAGCAGAAGCGUUAAUCAGACAACCGCCGCAGAGUGGCACGCAUUUUGUCAAGAAUUUCGAAGCAAUGGGAAUGAAUUCCAACACAUUCGAGGCAAGAUAUCUACGACAAACAUUUCUAUGGUACCCUCCAACUACGAUGAGUGCUAUCCAGGACAAAAGUACUUGGUUAUUCGACUUUGGCGCGUUGAUCAGGACAGAGUAUACCGUGGAGUUCGACGCUCUCGGCCAUUUGAUUGAGAGAUUCUAUGGAGAAAUGGGCUUGAGGGUCCUACAAGGACUCGUUCAUGCAAUAUCACAUCAUGGGCAGUAUAGUAAGUUGCUGGGAGUGCAUCUUCGGGCAGUACUAAAUUUGUUCUUCUACAGUCGAUGGAUACAUGAGGCUCAAGGUCUCGCCAAUGAAUCUUGA